GGAAAUUUGAGGCGAAUCAUGCGUCUGCAGGAAACACCGGUCAGACUGCCUUUUGUCUGCAUAUGAUCCGCUUUUGGUUUAUAGCCUCUAAACACAUAAAAGCAGCAGAGGGGCAAAAACACACAGCAGCCUGAUAGGCGGGACUUCCUCCUGGCAUAACUCAGCUAGUCGGGCUGUUUAUCUCGUCGUGCAGCGCGGGGAUCGAGCCAGUGCAGGAUCUGAUAACAAGGCUGUUUCGUCAGACUGCACACUAUGCUCUGCUACUUGUUGCGAAGAGGCCGCAGUCCUCUGCUCUGCCUCUGGGCCCUGCUUCUGCCUCUGGCAUCCCUCGAUCGCCCAAGCCACCGUGGAAGUAGGGACUACCUCGUAACGGAGCGGCCCAAGCUGCUGCUCGUGUCCUUUGACGGCUUCCGUUGGGACUACAUUGACCGCGUUCCGACGCCUAACUUCCGCAGCAUCAUGGACACAGGGGUGAAAGUGGAGUUUGUGGAGAAUGCUUACAUCACCAAAACCUUCCCUAAUCAUUACAGCUUAGUGACGGGGCUGUAUGCUGAGACGCAUGGCAUUGUGGCUAAUGAGAUGUACGACCCUGUUCUGAACCGGUCCUUCUCCAUGGAGACGGACAGCGUUUAUGAUUCACGGUGGUGGGAGGAGGCCGUGCCCCUCUGGGUGACCAUCCAGAAAGCUGGAGGACGGAGCGGGGCGGCGAUGUGGCCCGGGUCUGAUGUCAAAAUCCACAACAUGUACCCUACCCAGUACCUCCCCUACAACGCCUCAGUCUCCUUCGAAACCAGAGUGGAACGGAUUAUUGAGUGGUUCUCUGCACCAGAAGCUGAGGCGGUGGAUUUUGGAGUUCUGUACUGGGAGGAGCCUGACGAGAGCGGGCACAACCUAGGACCUCAGAGUUCCUUAAUGGAUGUAGUCAUCGCGUGGAUUGAUGAGAAGCUCGGCUUCCUUAUAAACAAGCUAAAGAAGGCAGGGCUGUAUGACAGAGUGAACCUCAUAGUGACCAGUGACCAUGGGAUGGCUCAGCUUUCUCCUGAGAAGAUCAUAGAACUGGAUGAGUACGUGAGCAGAGACCUGUACACCUGGGUGGAUAAGAGUCCAGUGGUGGGAAUUCUGCCCAACGAAGGGAAACUCGACGAGGUGUAUAAUCUGCUGGUGGAUGCAAACCCGAACAUGGUGGUGUACAAGAAGGAGGAGAUUCCCCAGCACUACCAUUAUCAGCACAACACAAGGAUCAUGCCCAUCGUCAUAGAGGCCAAAGAAGGCUGGACCAUCAUGCAGAACAGGACCGGACCCUUCAUGCUGGGAAACCAUGGCUAUAACAACAGCUUGCGUAGCAUGCAGCCUGUGUUCGUGGCUCGUGGGCCGGCCUUCCGUGAGAACUACGUCAAAUCCUCCAUGCGCUCCGUUGACCUUUACCCUCUCAUGUGCCACAUCCUGUCCAUCCGCCCUAUGCCGAACAACGGCUCCCUCUCAAAUGUUCAGGACCUCCUGUCCAUAGAGCCCACUGUGACCACGCCAGUCCCACCUCACCCUCCCGUUCCCCCUCCGGGCACCGGGUACUCCUGCGCCCCCAUCGUGGGCUCGUUCCUCGGUGUGGUUUUGGUGCUGGGCUUCCUUGUGGUCUACGUCAUACUAGUGACACUCAAACAGCGGCCCUCGAGAAAACACAGGAGCUGGGAGAUGUCGCAGCCUUUACUGCAAGAGGAUUUGCACCUGUAGCUUGAGAGCGGAAAGAAAGGCAGACGUAAAAGAAGAGGAGGUAUUCCUCCUCCCGAGGUACUCCCACAUCCAGAAGCAUCCCCUGAACGCCUCCCUUACAGCACUAAAUGCCGUUGUGCUGCUCUUGUUAUUCACUGAAGAUCAAGGAAAUGUACCCUCCCACUCGUGCGUAGGGGUACGUCUGGUGUAAGGGAAACGUCCUGGGCGUGCUUCUGGUUUGGGUUUAUUCAGAAUAAUGGGUUUCUUAGUGGCUUUGCUUUGAUUGUGAAUUCUACCUAAUAGCGUCUAACAUUUUCAUUGUCACUUUAUGAGUAAAGAUACAAAAGUAUACGUGAAGUUUGAGCCUGUGAUUGUAAAAGGGUGAGCUUUUGGUGGCCAAGCCUGUGACACGGAUGAUAUCGAGGUAUCAGUAAAGCUGUCCUUUUCCAAGGUGGGGUGUAAAAACCUUGUAAUGGUGCGUACCUUCAGACAAUCUUACCUUGAUGGAAUUUAUAAUGUUACACUCAUUAGCUCGUUGGGAAGCUGUGCCAUGAGCACAGAAGGUCAAACGAGUAACUUUUUGGAAAGCCUACUGACACCUUUUCCCAUCCUGACAGUGAGUCGUCUUCAGUCCGUUUGCUUUGACAUUUUCAAAUCUAUGCAAAACAGAUUUGUAUGUCAUAAAGUGAAAAAAGUGAGUUUUUUUUCGCCACCACCUGUUCUUCUUGUGGUCUGAGCACUGAAUAAGAUGUUACUUUGAACUACAAAUGCUGUGAUUAAUCUAAAGUAUUCCAAACUGUUCGUUUUAAGCACUCGACUGUGGUCAGUGUUACUUCUGAAUGUUAACUGGAACCACUAAAGUCUCACUCUUCGUGCCAAGCUACUGCUCAUACGUGUAGGUCAUUCCAUGAGCUAAUCACUUCAGUAGUCAGUUACCAUUUGCCUUUGAACUUAACCGAGAACAUCUCUCGAACGUGUGCAGUUGUUUGUGCGUCUUUCCUUUUUUUGUGUGUGUCAGGAGGGCUUUUUUUUUUUGAUUGUGUAGUGCCCUUCCAAUCAUAUGUCCGCUGUCAUUACCAUGGUCAUUUGUUGGUGAAAUGUGAAGUGCAAUUGCUAUUGGUCAGUAUUUGUGUUAGGAGUUUUAAGGGUUCUGUUUGGUUGAGAAGACUAUUUCGAGCAUGACUCGCGAGAGCUGUUCCCGUAAUUUGCACUACAGGAUUGAAAUGAAACUGAACGAAGGGGCAGUAGCUGGAAGCGCUUAGGUCAUGUAUAAUUUGCACUUCUAGUUUGUAGUUGCUGUUUGAAAUGACGAAAAAAGAUAGGUGCCUCUUGCUUAAAAGCUUUUUAAGUAGCAUAAUCGGAGAGAGAGGUAGAAGACUAGAAUUAUAAUCUGCAGAUUAAAUACUAUCUUUUUUUUCCAGCGUCUUUUAAGAAAGAAUUGGUUCAAUUUCAAUUUUCUCCUUUUUGCUUUUCGAUGCACUGACUUUACCCGUGCCCGAAAAUGACAGACAUCACUGUGAUAUAUACUUUUUACAAAAUUUAAAUUCAUAAAUUGAGAGCAUUUAUAUGAAAUUGUUCAUUUUCUGAGAAUUGUAUUGUUUUAUGACGGAAAAGUGUUGUCUGAUAAUUUUCCCCUAACUUGUUGACAGAGAAGUGAAAUGUAUCCGUGCUAUAUUCCAAAAAACGAUUUAUUUGAAGUUUUUAAGAAAAGAAAGAAUAUUAGAUGAAGCUGAUCUCAGUUUGUUACUACCUUGGAUUAAAAUCGUGGAUAUUUAAUAUCAUUUACAAAUUAACUAUCUUUGCCAUAUUGAAGCAAAUAAUGAGUCUUCUGGAAAUAAAGGGACUAAUGUGAAAA